AUGGUUGCUUUCAAGAAUCUCAGCUUUGCAGCUCUCUUAUCUCUUGGUCUCGCUUCAAACGGUCUUGCCGCCGAGGAAGCCACCGAUCUUUCUGCCCGAGGUGUAGAGCUCGAUGCCACCGCUGAGCUUGUGGCCCGCUUUCCCGAGCUCGAGAUUGAGGAGAGGGAUGAAGACGACGAGCUGGAGGCUCGGGACCUACUCGAUGAGGAGUCUCUCUUUGCUCGUAGCGUUGACAAGCCUAAGGGUGGUGGUUCACGACCUAAGCCCUCUCCACCACCUACUGGUCGAAGGUCUCUCGGGUACGACGAUGAGUAUCUCUUCGCUCGCGGAGUCAAUACGCCUAAAGGUGGCGGUUCACGACCAAAGCCCUCACCACCACCCACCAGAGGCCGAAGGUCUCUCUUUGCUCGCGGAGUAAACGUGCCUAAAGGUGGUGGUUCAAGACCUAAACCUUCGCCACCACCCACCAGAGGCCGAAGGUCUCUCUAUGCUCGAGGAGUGAACGCGCCUAAAGGUGGUGGCUCAAGACCCAAGCCCUCACCACCACCCACCAGGGGUCGAAGGUCUCUCUUUGCUCGAGGCGUAAACGUGCCUAAAGGUGGUGGUUCACGACCAAAGCCUUCACCACCACCUAGAGGUCGGGAUCUCGGCUAUGAUGAUGAUUAUCUCUUCGCUCGCGGAGUGAAUGUGCCCAAGGGUGGUGGUUCACGGCCCAAGCCCUCACCACCACCUAGGGGUCGACGGGGCCUUGAGUAUGACGAUGAAUAG